UUUAAUUUCAACUUCUUGCUCAGUUUCUGAGCCUUUUAAUCCUUCUUCAUCUAGCAAUGACCCAGUUGUUCUCCUGUUGGGGGCCAGGGUGGGGGAACAAGGGGAAUAAGAACAGGCUCUGAAGUGGAAAGAAACAUACUUAGGAGAGCUUUGACACUUUAUAAUUGGCCUGAUCAGAGAAAAACAACUGGUCCCCAAAGCCUUAUUUAUUUAUUUUUGUAAAAUUAAGAGAAGAAUACCCACCUCACAUAAUGUAGGAAGGAUAUAGACAAUAUAAGACACAUGAGAAGUGCUCCAUAACAGACUUUAGAAUCAAGCAAGUAAGACUGGAAGAGAGACAGCCGUGACUUUGACUCUUGCAUUUCAUGGUCAAGUUCUUAUAUGCGAUUCAAAAAGAUUAUUUGAAUCUCUUAUAUGAGAUGCAAAAAGAUUAUUAUUAUCAAUAACCUUUGUUAUUGUUUUUUUAUGCUCACUUUUCUUGGUCUAGAUCAGGUUUUCAGAGUCACCCUUAUACUAAUGAGUUUCUCAGACACUAUUGAAAACACCCGUGGCUACCCAAGUUAUAGCGCUUCUUGAUGGACCGAAAUGAUAUCGUGCCUAACCAACUGUGUGUCAGGUAUGAGCCUGGCACAUAGGAUGUGUCAGGAGAUGUGUGUUGAAUGAAAGAACGUAUCAGAGAAGUCUUAUUGCCUCUUAGAGCGGAGUAAAAAGGCAAACAACUGAAGAAAGAAGAAAUAGAAAACUUCUCGAUAAUCACUACGCCCAUAACAUUUGCCAAAAACCAGUUUCUUCCCUGGAUAGGGAAGGCUGGUUGAGUCUUCGCCCAAGUCAGUGCCACUGUAGUCACAGAAAUUUGUCUCUCUUGCUGCUCUGAUGACCUACAGGAAUAGUCACAGGCUCAGUGUGGACAUACCACUAAGGAGGCCAACCAUCUGAUGACUGAAUUGUUCCUUUAAAAAUAAUGAAAAGCUUCUGACAGCCCACCAGCAGCUCAUCUGAUAUCAAAGAGCCGGGAGGCACCUCAGAUUCAUCAACAUGCCUCUAACGAGGUGAGGGACUCUUAAUGGUAAACUCAACAGCUGAGUAACAGGAUGACGGUACAACAGUAGGUAGAGAAUCAAGGCAGGGAGGUCAAAGCACGGAACCCACACCCACUUGGGAUGGGGUAUAAAAGGGCCGGGAGGGAAGAGGGUUGUCAGAUGCAGUGGCUCAGCCUUCUCAGCAGCUCUGAACCUCCUGCGUGUCCUCAGCCCACCAUGACUUCCUCCUGCAUCAGCUCGCGCCACUCUCUGGGCUGCACCAACACUCCUGGAGCAAGGAACAUCUGUGUCUCCUCCACUGACGCUGGAGACCAGCUUGGGGCAGAGAUCAGUGCUGCCCUUCUGGGCCUCUCGGCCACCCUGGCACACGCCAACCGAGUCCGAGUGGGCACAACCCCUCUGGGUCGACCCAGCCUCUGUCUGCCCCACAGCUGCAACACCGCCUGUCCCUUGCCGGGGACCUGCGACAUUCCCGGCAACAUUGGAAUCUGCGGGACCUUCGGCGAAGGCUUCUUCAACAGCCAUGAGAAGGAGACCAUGCAGUUCCUGAAUGACCGGCUGGCCAGCUACCUGGAGAAGGUGCGCGGGCUGGAGCGGGACAAUGCGGAGCUGGAGAGCCGCAUCCGAGAGCUGAGCAAAUGCCCCGAGUCCACCGUGUGUCCGGACUAUCAGAGCCACUUCCGCAUCGUCGAGGAGCUGCAGCAGAAGAUCCUGUGCAGCAAGGCUGAGAACGCCAGGCUGAUCAUCCAAGUGGACAAUGCCAAGCUGGCUGCCGAUGACUUUAGAAUCAAGCAGGAGAGUGAGCGCUCCCUGCGCCUGGCGGUGGAGGAGGACCUGUGUGGGCUGCACAAGAUCCUGGACGAUGUGAGCCUGGCCAAGGCUGACCUGGAGGCCCAGCAGGAAUCCCUGAAGGAGGAGCAGCUCUGCCUCAAGAGCAACCACGAGCAGGAAGUGAACACUCUGAAGCGUCAGCUGGGAGAUAAGCUCAAGAUUGAGCUGGACGUGGAGCCCACCGUGGACCUGGGCAGGGUGCUGGAGGGGAUGCGGGGCCAGUACGAGGCCGUGGUGGAGACCAACCUCCGUGACGUGGAGCAGUGGUUCCAAACUCAGUCUGAGGGCAUCAGCCUGCAGGCCAUGUCCUGCUCAGAGGAGCUGCAGUGCUGCCAGUCGGAGAUCCUGGAGCUUCGACGCACAGUGAACGCCCUGGAGGUGGAGCGCCAAGCCCAGCACAGCCUGAAGGACUGUCUGCAGAACUCGCUGUGUGAAUCUGAGGCCCGCUUUGGCAUUGAGCUGGCCCAGAUGCAGACCCUCAUCAGCAACGUGGAGGAGCAGCUAUCUGAGAUCCGGGCUGACCUGGAGCGGCAGAACCAGGAGUACCAGGUGUUGCUGGAUGUCAAGGCCCGGCUGGAGUGUGAGAUCAACACGUACCAGAACCUUCUGGAGAGUGAAGACUGCAAACUCCCCUGCAAUCCCUGCUCUACGCCUGCCUCUAGAACCCUUUACCCCAGCAGUGCUCUGCCUGCCUGCACUGGCACUAACAGCCAGUUCUGAAGGUCUGUGUCCCAGUGCAGAAGAUCCAGGCUGCUUGUACCGGGGCUACGAUUGCCCUCACCAGCUUAGUCUUCCUUCCAACAAGACCAAACCCACUGGAGGCAUUUUCACUGAAUCACAGGAUAACAGAUAUCUUCUAAGCAAUGGUUUCCUGUUUGUUCCUGAAGCUGUAUUUUUUCCUUUUGUUUGCAUGUUGUAAUGGUCUUUCACUAAAGCUAUUGUUUUCCCCAGUGUCUCUUCUGGGAUUUUGGUUCUACUCCAGUGCUUCAGAAUCUCCUCAAAUUUAAUUGGGUUCCUGUAUUCAGCGCUAAAUAAACCUCCUUCCUGUAUGACGUGCUUCUGGUGUUUGACAAUGUAUGUGAUGUGAUAAAGAACCCUGGCUCUCAAGACCUUGGGUGGUCACCGGCCCUGGCAUGUCGCUGCUAGGAGCUCUCUGGGGCACUGGGGUCUUAGCCUCUGGAUGGAGGCCCUUUGCUGACAUUGGGAUGUGCACAUACCUUGCCCAUCAAUCUCAAUUGACUGGUGAAGGGAAGUGGUGUUCGUUGCCAAACCUGAAUUCCUUCAGAACAGCUCAGAACUAACAUGUCCCUACUGUGCUUUUGGCAUCUUCAGCCUCCUUGUAUUUUGUCCAAGAGCAAAAAUCACACAACUCAGAGUUCCAAUCUGGUCAGAGGGAGGUCGUGUUGAGAGCUGCCUUGGCCAAGUUGCCAAGUUUUUUCUUAUUUGAGUUGGCCCCUUUCAUAGAGGCAGGCUUCCCUGGUGGCUCAGAUGGUAAAGAAUCUGCCUGCAAUGUGGGAGACCCGAGUUCGAUCCCUGGGUCAGGAAGAUCUGCUGGAUGAGGAAAUGGCAACCCACUCAAGUAUUCCUGCCUGGAAAAUCCCGUGGGCAGAGGAGCCUGGUGGCCUACACAGUCUGUGAGGUUGCUAAGAGUUGGACAUGACUGAGCGGCUAACUCUGCACUACUACACUUCCAUGAAGGCACAGGAUCCUCAUCGAUCCUCUUAGACAUGGCAGCCCAGAUUGGGUUCUGGGGACAGUUUUCUUGGUCCUGGCCUACCUCUUGUUUAUAUUUUUCUCUAGACAGAUGCUGCCACUUUUGCAUAGGCUUGUCUCCUCUUCUGCUGCCUUCAAAGUACUGGAGUGAAGAAUGCAGUUGGCGUGAGUGCUGUCUGCCUUUUGGACGUGGCUCUGACCCUGGCCAAGGUGGUUCUCGGCCAGACACAGUGGGAGAGCAGACAUGGCAAAGCACCCGAGAGGCUCUAUUCUCUCCUUGCUCUGCUAGUCAAUUUAGCUUUUGGCAUGUUUAUGCUGAGUGGGUCCAGAAGAAUGAAACUCUCAGGUCUCAGCUUACUCUUGAACCCUGGUCCAAUGACCAGUGCCGAGUCGAUUCUUCUUCAUGGUAGUGAGACAACCUGGGACCUGGGACCCUCUA